AGGAAAUCUGCGAAAAUUCUUCAGCCUGCGAGGAGAUCCGCAUGAUUUACAAGAAGUGCAAGGAGAUCGUGGAUCCUUUGCAGAUCGCCGAUCUGGAGACCAUUGUGGAGGCCUUUGAGGAGGGAAUACAUACCGAGUCGGGAAUCCAUAUCAAUGAAGGGGACGUAGAUGAAAAUUUCGGCUGUAACGGUUUGACAACCUCCGGAGAAGCUGCUCGUAGCAGCACCGGCAGUUCUGGAGCUCCUCCUUCGGUGCUAAACCAAGAACAAGAAACCGCCACCUCUUCCCAGCAUGAUUUUCACAUCGAUGACGACUUGCUGCAAAACGACCUGAACAUUCCGAACCGGGAAGAAGCCAUCACCUUGAUCGUCGCCUACUUUCUCCACUUUGGCGCCGUCUGGGUGCAGAAGUAUGUGGUUUUUGUCGACCCGAAUAGUAGUGACAAGAACAGCACUUCUCUGCUGUCGCCUUGUGCCUCCGCGCGCGGGUCGUCCGGAGGGGGAUUAUUAGGACCAGCACACCUGCAGCAGCCCACCAGCCCCCUGUCCUCCGGAAGGCUGCAGAAACAGAGUUGUGGUCGUGACCAAGUACAAGGUGCGCAUCCGUUUCGUGUGGAGGAAGAAGAUUCGGCCGUGGACCCAGUGCCGGAAAGUCAAUCCCCAGUCUUGCUGAUGCAGACCGGUAAAAAUACAGCUAGUAGAGCUUCCGGCAUUUUUUUGUCAAAAACGCACGGCCACCCUGGAAAUACAAAAUUGCACAGUACAACUUUUUCUGGAUACGGAAGGAUGGACGAGUCCAGUGAUGCGUUCUUCCGAGUUUUUAGCAGACCGGACGACCCGGAGAAGGCGCUCACGAAGCAGCCUGAUGUUCUCGCUUUGAAGGACCAUAGCGGGAUAAAUACAAACACCGUUGGCGGGAAAAAAACUACCAGUGAAGAAGAUUCCGCAGUUCUUGCACCAGUAGAUAACAAAAAGAAGAAUUCCACCACUACUAAGUCUUCCUCAGGCCUGUUUUCCUUUCUGGGGCUAAACCUCACCGAGUCGCUCUGCAUGACAACGGCUAAUCGAAAAUCGGAUGGGGUGGAGAUCAGAGAUCAAAAACAGAAUCGGCCAACAUCUACUCCCACCGGUCCGACCGCCGUAGGAUCAUGUAGUAGAUCUUCAAUCACGAUGAAGAUGGGUGAACAUCAUGAUCAGGGCGGCAGCUGUGAGAUGAGUGAUAAGCUUGAGCCAGCUCGGAGCAGCAGCUGUAGGACGCUGAAAACUACUGCGACUACGUCUACCGCCGGCGCGUCUGCAAAUUCAUCUCUUCGAUCUACAAACAGGAAUUCCGCCUCGGUUGAGGUAGAGUCUCCGACUUCUACCUCCUUUCUCGACUACCUGUUCAACUUCACCGCGCUGCGCGAGUCGUUGACCAGUCUUUCCAUCCCGUGCUCGGCGAACAGCAGAAGGGACCACGAGCAAGCCGACGCGCUGAUGCAGGACCUGGAUUACCUCUUCGGCAACGACCUGCACAACGCUAGUCUCGCGAGGUUCAACGAAUCGAGGAACAGAGGCGAUUUGAACCGAUUGUACCGUUUGAACGCCGAUGAACCCGAAGACCGCACGGCUGGUGAUCCUACAACUCGUGGUUCGAAAGAGGACGAGGGAAGUGGUGGUCAUAAAAGUCAGGGUGGUUUUCCUUCUACUUCUGCUGCCUCAUGUUCUUCCGCCGCCUCGAAUCUCAAUUAUCCCUUUUUCUCCCCCUCCACGGCUGUGACGAACGAGAAAAAGCUCAGCUGCGCCAGCUCGGUGAUCAGUUCGGUUGGGGAAAAAGAGAACGAGUCCCUAAUCCGGAUUUCCAACGAGUUUCUCUUGAAGAGUUUGGAGCCCUACGUAGUGAAGAAGGUGGUCUUAGCGAGGCAUAGCACGACCACCGGAGCGAGGACCAUUGCUGGCGGUGAUUCCAUCUUCCAGGGCGGAGCAAGUGGCUCUAGUGCGGGGUUUGGUGGACGACCUACAGCGUCUGUGAGUACUAGCUCCUCAGGCAGUUGCACGGGAUCCUCUUCGUCGGCAUCUCGGACGCAGAAGAAGCCGACUGUGAUUUUGAAGCAGGGAGUUCUCUACCCUCUGCUGAGCGACGAGCAGCGAGCCGCUUUUUUGACUCGGGUGUACGCGGAUAUGGAGAGGUUUGAUCUUCCCAAUGCGGCAGACUGCAGAACCAGUGUGGAGCAUUUUGUGGUUCCAGAAUCGUGCUCUGGGUCUGCAGACCGCGGAGGAGGCGGUCUAUUCAAGCAAGAACAGCAGACUACACCCGCAGCCGGUGGUUCGUUCGUGCCUUACACCGGCGGAGGCGCAACUACUGCAGCAACGUCUGCCCCCGCGGCCGCGCCGUCACCUUCGAGCACGUCGGCGAGCGCUCCCACGCCGAGCUUCUUUCAAGCGACCUCAAGCUUCUUCGCAGAGAAUUUUCCUUCUUUGCUUUCUGCUUCGCCUACCACCGUGACAGCGACAAGCGGCCCGACGGCAGUAGACGAGGCAGCAACACAAAUUAUGGUGGCACCAGGAGGAGCUAGAGCAUCAUCCUCAUCCUCGUCUAGGGAGCAUCAAACGCAACAAGCUCCAAAAUCGAGUAGUUCGGUUCUGCCGUCGGGCGAUUUGCCGUUUACACGAAAGGUAAGUCCCGCGUUAUCGCAGCCUACAACAAAGUCCACGAACGAAGAGGAGAUGAGCCGGCUGCGGCGAAGACUGACCGACUCCUGGCUGGCGCUGCAACAAAAGUACCAGAGCGAGGUAGACUACGUUUCACCUCGGGACGACAGUGAGGACGAGGAGAGUACAAAAAUUCCGAGUCGGGUCGUUGCGAAACGGAAUGACGGAGAACAGAGAAGCACAACAGCUUCUGCCACAGUAGGUUCGGCACCCUCAGCUUUCGUUCCGAAUCGCGGUCCGCAAGCGACUGCGCCCCCACGGGAACAAUCUGUUUUUCUUGAGGGCGAUGCGGUCAUAAAGAUCGUGAAUAGUAGCUGCAAGAAUGAUGUGGAAGGAAAAGAUCAAAAGCAACGUGAAGUAGUAGUUCUACAGCCGGUCGAACAGAAAGCAGGCAUGCUGUCACAAUCGUCCCACAACUUUCCGGAAAAAAAGAAAAAAAGAACAUCAAGCGACAAAGAUGACGUGGAAAUGAAAGUGGAUGACACUAUGGAGAUGGAGCUGGAGAAUGUAGUAGAGAAUGAUAUCGCCGGGGACCAGGUCGUCAACGUGGUGUCUUGUAAAGAACCGGAACUUCAUCUUCUAUCGGCUGAGAGUCAGCAGGACCAAGCAAAUAAUGACGAUGAUGAGUUUGACAAUGAUGCAGGGACCGCGACCACGGCGCCAGACCUGUCCUGCAAACACGGAGAUAUGCUCGAUGAUCAGGAUUUCUCUGGCGCCACAACCACCGCAGAGUCAAGCCCCUUCAGUCAGUCGUCUUACGCGAGGGGAAGAAUAUAAAGCAGGUCGGGGUCGUCACCACGAGGAAAAAUAUCAAGUAGUUUCUGCAAAGGUUCUGAGAUUAGUAUUAGUUUCAUCCACUUCGUACUCGUGCUGGUGUUUUUUCCCCGCGUAGGAAAUUCAUAGCCACACUGUGCGUUUUUUCCCGCGUGGACCCAGAUCUGUCGUUUUUCUUUGUACAGGAUACCUCCUCGAGUGUGACAACGUCGAAUCAAUGUAGUACCAGUUGCCAGUCGACGCACUGUGCGCAGGACCCAGGGGAGUCGUCGCUGUGCGAAGGGGACGCUUUUAGCGCUACCAGGCAGGAUCUACUAGUGCGGCGUCAUGGUACUCCUGCUUCAGCUGGAGGUGCGGGGAUUCUUGCCGGUCUGCAGCAACAUACCCAACAACUCCAAGCAGCUUUGUGUAGUUCCGAGCAGCGGGGACACUUGAUGAUGCAGGAAAAUAUUCACUCGGCCUGCAUGACUGCGACCACGUCGGCUCUGAUGCAACAGCGUCACGGAUCGGGCACAUCAGGAAAGGCACCACAACCCCAGCCUCCAGUGUUGUCCGCGGAACUUUUACACGAGCAAGAUGACCUGAGCCCACUCGUUGCGCCGCGUGGGCCGUACACAAGUGCUCCGGCGUUUUCCGUGACAUCCUCCGGGGCGAAUCACAAAGCAGGCUUUGUUUUGCCGCACCACCCUGCCAAAAUGAGGAAAUCCUGGAGUUGGACAAAUUCUAAUCGGCUGAAGAGCGGCGCGGUUGUUUUAUCCGGAACAUCCGCCCCCCCAUCCGCAAAAUCAACGCCAACGGGCAGCACUUCGAAAAACGGCACAGACAGCAAGGGCAAUUUGGUACUCCUGCCGCCGGAAAUAUUGCAAAAAGGGACUACCCUGCAGCCCUCGCUGCCCGGUGUAAGCAGCGCAACGUCCGAGCUGCAGGAGGCCUUUCUCGCAGCUGGAGAUCGCGACCAGUUCCUACACCGCGGCAGAGGCGAUGGAGAGCUUCUUCAUACGGCUCUGGGACUUGUUGCGGAGGGAAGCGGCGAUUCUGUUCGCGCCACCGGUGCGGCAGAUCUAAGUCCUCUCGUAGACCACCAGCACACGCGCAAGCGGGAAAGUUGGGUUCCGGCAAGGCAGAGGCAUGCGAGUACAACUGCGAGUAAGCUUAUGGCCCUGCGUCAACAUUAUCCGCAGACACAAUCUCACCUUCGACUGCAUCAACAGCGCGGAGCUCCUGCCAGGGGCUCGAAAGAUUUCAACACCGGUUCAACAUCUCUGCUUCCGCACAAUCUGCCCCCCUCGUCGGACAGCGCCGCCGCGGGGACGAGAAUUCAACAAGAGGACGAGGUUCUUGAUCCAGCAGAGCGAAACAAGACGGCAAGAGUGGCCGGCCUGGUGCAGGAACAACUCUUGGACGACGAGGAUGGACAUCCGCAUGAUCAAGAGGGCAACAGGAUGAAUAACAGAGAAGUGGAUGUUGAAACGGCAGCGGACCAUGCUGCCGUGCCUAGAAUUUUCUACAACUCGAAGACGGAUACCUCCAUCGCUAUUCCGCCGUUGCAGUUGUCGAGCAUUGCGACCGCGUCUCCCUCGUCCUCCGGGCUUCUGUCGAGGAACCAAGACGGCUCCGAUGCCGACGACGAGUGGUCCGCAACGUACGCAAGAAAAAAACUGUGUAAGUGUAAGUUUGUGUUGAAGAACAUGCAACAGAGUUGCGCUUGUCAUGCCAGACAGCCAUGAAGUCCUCUUUUCAUGUGUGUUUUCCCUUACAAGCCACGCAUGACAGGUUUUCUCUGUCAUGUAGAGCAAAUUUGUGAUGCUGUUUCUCAAAGAAAGUUACACUUACACACUUUUUUUCUUGGAUACAACGGAGGCGGGGAGUAGUAUGUCGCUCUCGUUUUCCACGACCAUCGUUGGCAGACAAGAACUGGUCCAGCCGUGGGCUCCCACGGAAUGACAACUGAUUGCUCACUCAAGUACUCGGAAAGAGCAGGCGUAAUGUCGACACGUAUCUACUACGUACACCUUGUUUAUUUAUUGCACGAAGGACUCAUGUGCGAGGAGACAAUGUUACUGCCUCAAUGAAAACGCGAGCUUAUUGUUAUCAAGAUCAUCCGUAUUGGAGGCAGUGGUUUGAAAUGACUUCUGAGAAGUAUGAUAGAUAAAUAGCUGGAAAGACGAAAGAACCCGAAACCGUAUGGUUGUGAUUGUGUUGUGGAUUACAUUCUAGUAGAAUAUAGAACUUCAUCUGCUGUUACUUCCCCGAUGCCUCUGAAUUGUAGAGCUUGCGUUUGUAAAUGAAAUGAAUACAACCACGAAAGGAACAAUCUUUUCACUGGUGUUCGAUAGAAGCUUCACUCAGGUUUUUUACUUUUCUAUUUGUUUGAAUGAGUAUUCGGAGUUUGAAAUAUUUUCACUCCGUUUUAGCAUAUUGGUACGUACUGAAAGUGAAAUUCCUACUUCUUACUUGCGAAACAGGACGUUGCAUGCGUAGUGGUCUUUGACUUACCACAAGUUUCUGCGACAACACAAAUGUUUUCAGAAAUAGUCAAAGUUGCUAAACAAA